GCUAGCUACUGCGAUAGCAAGUCACAGAAAAAUCAUCACCACACACAAACACACACAUAAGCACAAGCAAAAAAGCAUCAUCCCCAGCAGGUCCCAAUAAGAACUCCAACCAUCACUGCCUUCAUCAUCCGAUCUCAUAUAUCCUUACGCCAACGACAGCUGCUAGCUGCAGCGGAGGGAGGGCGGCGGCGCACGCGCGGCACCUAUGGAGGCGCGGGCAGUGUCGGCGCUGGACCUUUCGCUGCACAUCAGCCUGCCGAGCAGCGCCGCCGGGUCGGCAUCGCCCGCCCCGGAGCUGGGCGGCGGGGGAGGGAUUGGGCGAGGUGCGCAGCCGCCGGCCGGAGCGGACCCAUGGCGUCGACUGAACGGAUCCACGGCGUCGACCGAGCUGUCGCUCUCGCCGCCGCUGUGGCAGCAGGACGUGGCUGCCGGGGAUGUCCUUCCGUGCCGUCGGCUCCGGCCGGCAGCGCCGAAUCACUACUCCUCCACCGCGGAUGCAACGACGUUCGUGCCAGUGACCGUACCCCGGCUUAUUUCGUUCGACGCCGCGGCGGGAGCGGAGGACGAGGCGGCGCGGGCGAGGCCAAUCGAAGGCGUGCCCGUCUACAGCAGCUCGCGGGCUGCCCGUCGUCCAUUUCUAGGCGCCGGUGCCGGUGAGUACCACCGCCAGGGCCACCACCCAAAGGCGGCCGGGCUAUACAAUCGUCCCUGUCACUCCUCGUCGCGGCCCUCGUCCCUGCGCUCGACGACGACGACGACGUCUCCCGCCGUGGCUCCCCCCGCGGAGUCCUCGUACCUCUCGCCGUCCGCGUACCACCGGAUGCUGUCGAGCACCAGCAGGCUCCGCCUCCAGGGCGUGCUCGCCGACACGCUCCGGGGCUACGGCGGACACCACCACCAGCAGCAGCACUUGGACAGCCUCGCCGCGGCCCGCUAUAUGCCGAGGUUCCUGGCCUCCAGGCGCGGCAUGCGCGCACCGCGGAUGCGGUGGACCAGCAGCCUGCACGCGCGUUUCGUCCACGCCGUCGAGCUCCUCGGCGGCCACGAGCGGGCGACGCCCAAGUCGGUGCUCGAGCUGAUGGACGUCAAGGAUCUGACGCUAGCGCAUGUGAAGAGCCACUUGCAGAUGUACAGGACCGUGAAGAGCACUGACAAGCCUGCAACGACCUCAUCGGGCGGGCCGCCUGUGGACGGUGGCGGCGACGACGAUGAUCUCCCGAGUGCCCGGCGGGCUCAGUCGUCGUCGUCGUCGCCAGCUGGACGACGGGACGGCAGCAGCCCGCAGGCGUUCACCAGACACCGGUCGGCUGCCUCCUCGGAGGGCGCGGCGAGCCUCGCGGGCGGCGACGACGUCGAAUGCUCCUCCUCGGCCGACGAUUCCGACUGCGGCAGGGCGCGCAGUGCUUCGUCGUCAAGAGAUCAGUUGCUACCACCAAGUGCAGGCAGUGCAGGCACCCUUCCUUCAGUUGGCGUAUCAUCAUCCACUACUGAGGAUAUGGAGCCAGCUUAUCGAUCAGUAGGCUUGCAACAGGCACCCAACCAUGAAAUGAGCUGCCCUCCUAGCCUGGAGUUCAGGCUAGGGCGACCGAUCUGGAACGGAGCAGAACAUUAGUAGCUAACACUAUCUGCAACAGCUUAUUCAAACUCCACUAUGUAAACGGUACAGUCUACAAUGUAGAACAGUGCAAAACAAUGUUUUAGGUAACCAUAUGGGUAAAUGUUGGACACGGUCUAAGCAACACUAGUUACACACAUGAAUGGCACAUUAUUAGUUCAACACUUCCACUAUACAGUUUACUAUAU